GACCAAUCCAAUGUAAAGUUGUGUACACUUGCUCAGUUCUAUAGUGCACGCAGUGUUCGCGUUACUCCAAAAUUAAAACAGAAUAAAUCAUGAAUAACACUGAUAAAAAAGGUGAAAAUUCAUUAGCUGACGCUAUUGACGAUAAGCGUUCAGGAAUAUGUGCUAUAAAGUCCAAGUAUAUUAUCGAAGAUCACGUGAGGCUCUUAAGCAAAGAAUGCUUAACAGAGGAUGACAAACUGAAGAUUGAGACACGGGAAAGUAAAGAAAUAUCAGAAGAUGAGCCACCAAAGAAAAAACUGAAGGGAGAUGAUAGAAAGGACAAAUUGAAAGGACAAAAUAAAGCCAGACCUCCACCUUUCAAGGCUCCUCGAGAACAAAAUCUUUGUCCCUGGGUUGUCGAUCAAGGUGUCGACGAGCCAGAGAAAAAAUGUACAAACCCGAGAUGCGCAUUCAUACACGAGCGACUCGAGUACAUGAAAAUAAAGCCAAGUGACAUUGGCGAGGAGUGUCAUCUUUUCAAUUUGAUGGGAAGAUGUCCUCGAGGUCUCGCAUGUAGAAUGGGUUCGAAGCACCUAACAGCUGAAGGACUCAACAUAGUAGACCAAGAAAAAUUUGAAAUUUUCAAGCAAAAGCCUCCGGCCGUCAAGAAUCAGAUAUCGAAGAGUCUUCAGGAGAAGCUGCGCAAGUAUAAAUACAACUUCUCCAAGGCUGAGAAGACAGUAAAAGCGAAUAAUCCAUCAAAGAAAACUGAACCCGUGAAAGAGUCUAAAACAAAAUCGUCAGAAAAUGAACCUUUGGACAAUAACUCUAUCAAUAAGAAAGCUGGCGAUUCAGACACUUUAAUUUCAAAUGAUACAAAAGAGAAAGAGAUUGGUGCUGUUUUUGAUACAGAUAUAAUCAAACUUUUGCCCUUGGAAAAGAAGAAAAUUGACUGGAAGGAUAAAAUCAUGCUAAGUCCUUUGACGACUGUCGGAAAUUUGCCAUUUCGAAGAAUUUGCAAGGAGUUUGGAGCGGACAUAACUUGCGGUGAGAUGGCACUCGCUCCUAGAAUAUUGAAGGGUGCGCAAGAGGAAUGGGCUCUGAUAAAAAGACACGAAUCGGAAGAUAUUUUCGGUGUUCAAAUUUGCGGAAAUAAUCCCGGAGUUUUAACUCGAUGUGCUCAACUUUUGAAUGAAGAGUCUGAUGUCGAUUUUAUUGAUCUGAAUCUUGGCUGUCCGAUCGAUUUGAUAUACAAACAGGGAUCCGGAUGCGGAAUGCUUAAUAGGAUGAAUAUUUUGGAAACUGUUAUAAAAUCCGCGACCGAGAUUUUGGAUAUUCCCUUCACUGUGAAAACGAGAACUGGGAUUUAUAUGGACAAACCUAUCGCUCAUAAUUUAAUGCCCAAGUUUCGAGACUGGGGUGUCGCAAUGAUUAAUAUUCAUGGCAGAUCAAGAGAGCAAAGGUACACAAAACUAGCCGAUUGGGCAUACAUCGAAAAAUGUGCGCAGGCCGCAAAUCCAGUUCCAGUUUAUGGAACUGGAGACAUUCUUUCAUUUGACGAUGUAGAAAAAAUGAGAAAUACUUAUCCUACAAUCGGAGGAAUAAGUAUUGGUCGUGGUGCCUUAAUAAAACCCUGGAUAUUCCGAGAAAUCAAGGAGCAGAAACUAAUUGAUAUUUCUAGUAACGAGAGGUUCGAUAUUUUGAAAAAAUAUUCUACUUAUGGCCUUGAACACUGGGGUUCAGAUACUCGAGGAGUCGAAACUACGAGGAGAUUCAUGUUAGAAUGGAUAUCCUUCUUACACCGAUAUAUUCCUGUGGGACUUUUAGAACAUCCUCCGCAGCGAAUGAACGACCGACCACCGUUUUACAGAGGACGAGAUGAGAUGGAAACUUUAAUGGCGAGUUCGAAUUGUGCAGAUUGGAUUAAAAUAUCUGAAAUGCUGCUCGGAAAAGUACCUGAAGGAUUUCACUUUCUACCAAAACACAAAGCGAAUUCGUGGAAGUAAUAAUUUUUCGUAAAGAUUUUUCUCUGUGAAGGUAAAUUUACCUUGCGCUUAAGUUCGAUUCUGAAUGAACCGAGCAAGCAUUGUUAUACAAUUUAAAAAAUAUAAUUAAUUUAGUUAUUGCAA